AUGGCCAUCCUAGGACUCGCGCCAUCGAGCACACCCACAAAACCCGCGCACUUCGACAUAGAAAAGGUCAUCCGGCCGAACAUCCUUGCGUUGCAUCCCUACCGCUGCGCCCGGGAUGAUUACCAAGAGGGAAUCCUCCUCGACGCAAACGAGAACGCGCUUGGGCACUCCAUUGCCUCCUCUUCCCCUUCUGACCCCUCCCUCUCGGCCUCCCUCGACCAGGAUCUCCACCGCUACCCCGACCCCUCGCACCCGCUCAUCAAGUCCCGCAUCGCCGCGCUGCGCGGUCUCCCGGGCCCGGAAUACAUCUUCCUCGGCGUCGGCUCGGACGAGGUCAUCGACCUGCUCAUGCGUGUGUGCGUCAAGCCGGGCGGGGAGAAGAUCCUGAUCACGCCGCCGACAUACGGGAUGUACGCGGUAUGCGCGCAGGUGAACGACGUCGGCGUGGUCAAGUGUUCGUUAGAGCUUGGUGGAGAGCACGGCGAGGGCGGGGAGCGCGGCCGGUUCUCGGUUAGGCUCGAGGAGAUGAAGAAAGCGAUCGACGCCGACCCGAGCAUCAAACUCAUCUUCCUCUGCUCGCCCGGCAACCCGACCGGCACCCUCAUUCCGCUGUCCACCGUCCGCGCCUUGCUCGAGUACGAGUCGUUCAAAGGCAUCGUCGUCGUCGACGAGGCUUACAUCGACUUUGCGGGCGAGGACUCGAGCGCGGCGGCGCUCGUGUCCGAGUACGCGAACGUGUGCGUGAUGCAGACGCUCAGCAAGUCUUUUGGGCUCGCCGCCAUCCGGUUGGGCAUCGCGCUCGCGCAGCCCGCGCUGAUCCAGAUCUUGUCCAACACCAAGGCGCCGUACAACAUCGGGACGCCCACCGCUCUCCUCGCGCAGGCGGCGCUCGCGCCCACGUCGAUCGACGCGAUGCGCGAAAAGGUCGGGACGCUCGUCCGCCUGCGCGGCGUGCUGCUCGAGGCGCUCGCGGCGCCGGAGCUGCGCGCUCUCGGCGUGGGCAGCGCCAUCGGCGGAAACGACGCCAACUUCGUCAUGGUACCGAUUCUGUCGAGAGAAACGGGCGAGCCGGAUAACGCGCGCGCACAGCGGGUGUACAAGGUGCUCGCGGAGGAGGAGGGGGUAGUGGUUCGUUUCAGGGGGAACGAACCGGGUUGUCUGGCGUGUCUACGGAUCACGGUCGGAAGCGAGCAGGAGACGCGGACGGUGCUGGAGAGGUUGAAGGCGCUGCUGUCGAAGAUAUAGUGAAUUGCAAAAGGUUGCCGCUGUCGUCGUUAGGGAACAUAGACGAAUCGCAGAGAUUCUGUUUCCAGCGAGAGAAUGAGAUUUGGAGCUUAU